UAUAAAUUGCGUAUUGAAUAUUUGAAAAAAUUUCUCAAUAAUGACAUUCGACGAAUACUCUUGUAGGCUCUGCCUUAAGACAGACGAAAAAUGUGAAAUAAUAGGUGAUUUUACCAAAGACAUACUAAAUGUUCUCUCGCCAAGACUGAUAUUAGACGACAGGAAAAAACACCUAAUGUGUACCUCCUGCAGCGAAAAAAUAAAGUUAGCGUCAGAGUUUAAAUCAAUUUGUUUGGCUACCGAUGAUACUAUUUUCCCUUACAUCGAUUGCGAGGAGUUGCAACUAAACCUGCGAGACAUUUAUAUGAAGGAAAGUGGAAGUAAGCAAUCCAUAAAUUUGUUAGUCGAUCAAAAAGUGUGCAGUUUAUGUAUGGAGCUAGUGGGACAUACAUUUAUAGAUAUAUGUGAAGAAGAGGUUGAAACUAUUCACAAAUUCGUUCCCGAAAUGGUACGUAUGACCUUAACAAGCUUGUAA